AUCAUUAAUAUUGUUUGUAAAAUCAUUUUUUUUAAGAAAUGGAUUAAUAAGCGAAGAUUUUAUAAGGAAGAUUGAUUUAAAUAAGACACGUGGCUACAAAAUAAUAUUUGAAAGGAACAAUUCAUUUAGUAAUUGAAAAAACUAUGUUUAAAAAAAAAGAACUAGAUUAAUACUAUUUGGGAACCACUCCUAAAGAGGAUGACUUCUACACUUACUUUAUUCUUCAAAAAUAUUAACCCACUGAAAAUGAUUUAAGAUUAGGGGAUGUUGUGGCGAUACAAAAUUAUGGAUAGCAAUAGUUUGUUAAUUUAAAUGCAUAAAAGAAAUCAGAAGUCACCCAAUAAUGUUAUGCUUAUUUAGAUGAAGAAAAACAUUAUUUUGUGAUUAGACCAGAAAAAGAUAUAUUUUUGAAUAAUUAAAACGCUAUAGAUAAUUCCAUUGAUAAAAAAUAUGUUAGAAUUACAUCUAUUGAUAAUGGAUAUAGUUUGCAUUCCCAUCUUAGAACUUAUAAAACUGAAAGUGUGUCACAAUAUAAUGAAGUGACAGGAUAUAAAAAUUGCGAUGAAAACGAUUUAUGGGAACUUCUACCUGUUCAUGAAAACUUAACAAAGGGUUUUUAACCCCAAGCUUAAACUUUGGAACCAAUUCAAAUAAACUAUGGGAGCACAAUCAUAAUUAGAAACUUUUGGACUGGUUGGACUUUGCAUUCUCAUAAAACAUGUUAUAAAUCAACAAAGGCUUAGGAAAUCUCUCUCUACAGUUAUCCAAGAGAUGAAAAUGAUUUUUGGAUAAUUUAAAAACUCAACCAAGAAGACAAAGCUGAUAGAGCAUUAAGAAAAAAUCAUGAAAUUUGGAUUCAACAUAAUAUAACUAAAAGGUUUCUUUCAUGUGCUAAUGUUUUAUCAUACUCACAAUCAGGAUAUUAAGCGUGUGGAUUGGAAGGUAAACCUAUGACAGGCUUACUGUUACAAGAAUUUGAAAAUUCCCCAUUACGAAUGAAUUAACCAUUUGUAAUUAAGCAUCUUACAAAAGACCUGUACUUAUCAUAAUCGAAGUUUUAAACAGAGAGCAAAAUUGGAUCUCAAUAAGAGGCUGUUUUUGUUGAAUAAUUUAAUGGUCUCUGUUUAUGGAUAAUAGAAUUAUAAAAGUGA